GAAACGUCAAGCGGUGUUUGUGUUUAGAUCGCGCGCAACUUGUAAACAUUCGCUUUCUGCACACACCGUUUGCAAAAUAAAUCCGUGCUUCAACAUGAUUAAAAGACCCUCUAAAAAGGAUAGUGAAAAUGAGAUCCUUCGUAUGCAGCAAGAGUUCUAUGCGGAACAAAACCGGGACGUGAAUUUUCAGCCCGCUGCCAAAGUGGUGCGUAUGCAGCGGGAUGGAGAAAAUCCGGUUAACAGAGCAGCCGGUAAUGUGCGCCAAUCGGAAUUCGCGAAACGACGAGCACAACGUCUUCAAGCAUCGGCCGUAUCUGAGCCGGUCGAAAGCAUGUGCACAGAAGAUGAACCUGCCGAAGAGCCACUCGAAGAGCCGUCCACCGAAUCGUUGGUUAUGGGAGAGGUCGUAGAACGAAACCCGGAAAAGAUAUUCCACGAAGGUGCUGCGACGAUUGAAGGUUCUUUUCCCAAGACGCUGCACAUUACGGCGUACCCGGCAAAACCAAAACCGAACGUGUCGAAGAAAAGUAUUUUCGCACAAAUGGUUUCAAAGGAAAAAGUGAACUCUUUGCAACCGAAAGGAUCGUCAGAAAGUCAGGGCAAGAUCGAGUUUGAAGCGGCAACUGAAAGUACGCUACUGGAAGGAUGGGAUGCGACGGAGAUUCACAAUGAAAACAUGCGUAAACUGAAUCAAAUGUCGAUUGAAGAGAUCAACAAGGAACGGAACCACCUGUUGAACACUCUUGAUCCAAAGUUGGUGGAGUUCCUCAAAGCGCGUAAAAAGCCUGGAACUAGUGCACAGAAGCCUUUGCCCGAGAACCAACCCCGGAUGGAGAGCAAACAAAUUUCGAAUCCCGAUUUACUCCCAGUCGGUAUGGAAGUGUUAAAGGAAAAAGGAUCAGAGCAGUGGAUAAAUUUCGACGUACUGGAACCGGAAAAGCUCGAAUGGACAAAAGAUAUCGAGCGCAGUGUGAAAGAACUCAAACCUGGCGAAUCGUAUGAAGCUCGUUUCGAUUGGAGGGGAGUUUUGCAGCCGUACGUUGCAGAAACUAACCAUCAGCAAGCAGACGACCGGGAACUAUAUCUGCACGGUGAGGAUGCUCAACGUCCUGGGUACACGCUACAGGAACUGUUCCGUUUGGCACGUUCGAACGUACUACAGCAGCGUAUUUCUGCCCUUGGGGCCAUCGCUGGAAUGCUAAACAUCAUGAACCAGGGUUUCUACGACGGUGUACUGGAACUUCCCGUUUCGAAGGUGUUUUUCUUUCUACGAUUUGCGCUUGAUGAAAACACACCUUCCGUGGUGGAAGUUGCCUCGCGCGCACUGGCCAGUCUGUUUUACAACGAUACCGACGAGAUACUGCUUGAUACCGUGUUCGAUUCGGAGUACGGUAUGGUGCAACCGGAACUAGCGCUAAAUAUCACUCACAGCCACGAAGAAGAACGGCGACAGCAGCAACAGCAAAUGGAAGCAGGCUUCGGAGCCAUGAACCUAACCGGUGCAGUUUCCGGUGGAUCGUCCCGGCAAUCGCGCAAAGCACACUUUAAAGCUAACCUGCCCGAUCCGAACGAUCCGGAUGAUGUGCACAAUCGUGAAACGAUGAACGAUUUCCAUCUGGCGGAGACGGAUCUCAUCGAGUGUUUGGCACGAACGAACAUUAUCGAACGCAUCCGGUACAUUUUGUUCGCGAUGAAACCGGAAGGGGCAACCGUCAUUAAUUGCACCAAGAUAUUGAUUCGAUUGGCACGUACCAGUGAGCAGAUGGCGCUAAAGAUAGCAACCAACGAGGCGCUUAUCGGUGGACUGGUGAAAAACUAUCUCACCUCGAUCGAAAGCAGUGAUCUUGAGCAUCAACCACAGCACGUCGUGUUGAAGCUGGUACGCAUCCUGUGCGGAUAUCGUAACGAUUUCUACGACCAGCAUCUGGACCUUUACCAUGUAACGAGCCUCGUGAAGCGUUACGUCUUCAGUAGAAAGGAUAUCGAUGUAAACAUGAUUCAAAUACAAAUCGAAGCAUUUCGAUUCUUUCGUUUGCUGUUGCAAUGCAAACCCAUCGAUGGAUUGCACAACGAUCUAUGGCCGGCCCUGUGCUACCUGGUCGAGUGGCACUAUCAGCAUCUCAUUUUCGCCGAGGAAGGACCAUUUAUCAUCCGCCAGCAUGCUGUCGCCUUGUUAGCCCUAAUUGGACCUGGCCUGCAGCAACAGGAUGCAGAUGCAGCUUCCUGCGGUGCAAGUGCGCUUGGCGAAAAAUUGUUCGCUUGCUGCUCGAAAUGGUUCGCAGUGGCCGAACGUACCGGUGCUAACGAGUUCUCCCAAAAGAUGCUUCUGGCGGGAUGUCUUUGGACGGCAGCCCGAGCUCAACACGUGGUCGGGAUGGAAACGUACAAGACAUUCCAGGCGAAAUAUCUUACCCCAUUUGUUCGUAGCGCACGGUUCGGUGAAAUCAUCCAAACGUUAAGCUCAUCGUCCCUAUUGCUGACGCACUUUGAAGACCGGUCCGAGUAUGGGAUCGGUUCCUUACCAUCGUUGGGUGCUGUACAGGUGCGUCGUAACCAAACCGUUCCGACGCUAAUUGUGACGAGAAGUUAUCCCGUGUUUCUGCUCCAUGCACUGCUACGUCUAAUGCUGGAUGAGCAACAAUAUACGUCCUUGAAGGAAGACAUUUUCGGCACCGCUGCUCAUCGCCAUUACUUGCAGACACUGUGCGCACGGACACGCAACCACCGUCCGCAGAGCGGCGCUGUUAGUAGUUUGAUUGGCAAUUGGUUUGUCCAAACGAUCGAACAGCGUUAUCUACUCGACGUGUUGCAGCUGGUACUGGUUGAGGUUGGAAAUGGUCGUGAAAAACGUGCCACUGGGCUAGAAGGAGAUUUGGCCAAUGAAGAAGCGGUUAGAACGAUUGGCCUUCAAGUAGCCUUUUUCCUUACCUAUUCGCUUAGUGAAGCGUUCUAUCCCGCGCUCGUGCAACUGUUUGAUAAUAUCGUUUUUGUACCCGCUUACUAUGGAACGGUUGGGUUAGAUUUGGGCGUAACCGGUGCGGACAUGCAACGAUGGAAGCUUAACUAUAAGCUACUGGCCCAAAAAGCGUUACAGAACGAGGUCAAUCACGUUCAGGACGGAUUUACAGUGCGGGAAUGGAAAAGUCCACUAUUGCGACGCAGCUGGCCGUACAGUCCGCUUUAUCUGAUGGUGGAUAAGCUGGAGAAAGGUUCCCCAAAGCUUGAACUACUUACCGAGAGCGCCAUCAUCAGUACCGGGUUGCGGUUCGCGGAGCUGAUCGAAGCGGCCGGCAUUACAAUUGCCAGCCCUACCGAACGGCUGAUGUACCUGAUGGCUGCCUUCCUAGGGCCGGACUCAAAGUUUCUCGAACCGGAUCUAUCGGUGCUGAUUGAACGACGCCUUGCAGCACUCCGCACCCUGUCCCGGCACGGUGACAAUGUGUUUGAUUUUGAAGGGGCAAAAAUCGAAAAUCGUAAAAGCUACUACGGGCUGUAUCAGUUGGCGCUGGAUACGUUUCAAAGUUCCAGCUACGGUCACAGUGGGUUCGGGUGUCUUUUGAUGGUACCGCUAGCACAAAAGUACGAUGUCCGCUGGCGCAACAUGGUGUGGUCGGAGUACGUUGCCGUGCUACGAUUUAUCACCUGCACCGAACAUGAGCAAUCGCUUCACUUCCUUUCCCGGGUUAGCUGUUUGGCGAGCUGGCACACUACCUGGAGCCGGCAGAAAGUGAUACCGUGCUUCUACGUUCUUAUGGCCAGGCGCUCAAUUCGAAUCUGCUGCGACCCGGAUCAAUACCGCAUCGGGUCGCACAUCACCACCUACAGGCGUACCGUUCGAAGGUGAAAGUGAUGCCGGAUUCGGAAAAAAGGACCACGGCAAGCUAAAGGAUGCAGCACUAAUGAAAGGAAACGUUGAACGGUAACGGGGUGUGAUAAAUAAAGCGUAAAUUGUGGGCUAGUUUGUUGGCCCUUUCUAAC